UUGGGGACUGGGAAGCAGCUUUCAAACCUGGGCAUGCUCUCCUUAGGGUAGAUGUUUGUUAUUUGGGGGCAUUGUGAGAAACAAGACAAAACUUGUAUAGAUCUGUUGCCAUGUUGGAUCUUUUGUUAGGCACUUUUUUCCCGGUGAAAGUGUUUUGAUUGUUUUCCAUCGGGGCAACAAGAGGGCAUGCAUGGAUUUACUCUUUCUAGAAAACACCUGUCUACAUUGAAGUUGUAGCGCUUCUGUGAUAACCGUCGUAAAAAGCAAACAAGAUUCCCCAAUCACACUGAAAGAGAGAAAGAAGCAUGGGAGACACUAUACCUGGAGGAAUAGUAGCUGCUGCAAAGAACCGUCUGCAGGUGGUGAAGGGAUUGGAGGAUGUGGAGGUGUCCGAGUGUGAGAGCUGCUCUUUUGAGGUGACCCUCAACCUGGCCUAUAUUGAGGGUGUGUGGAUGAGAGAUGGGAUGCAAGUCAAGUCGAAGCCCAACUGUCGCAUCAGCACGCAUGGGAAGAAACACUCCCUCAUACUGAACAGGGUGUCUUUGGUAGAUGCAGGCCUGUUCUCUUUUCAGGCCAAUGGCAUUGAGACAUCAGGCAGACUCAUUGUCAGAGCUAGGGACAUCCAGAUAUUGAAGGAGCUGGACGAUGUUGACACCACGGAGCGUCAAAUUGUGAACUUCUUGUGUGAGGUCAAUCAGGUGGAUGUCGAUGGUCGGUGGUACAGGGAUGACUGCCGAAUUCGACCUGGAGACAACAUCAAGAUCAAACAUCAGGGUAAAACUCACACCCUGUUCUUCAAGUCAGUCAGACCAGAGCAUGCUGGAGAGAUCAGGUUCACCGCAGAGCGUGUCUCAUCAUAUGCAACUCUCACAGUAAAAGAGCUCCCUGUCCAAAUAGUGCGUCCUUUAAGGGUUAAGAUAGCAAUGUAUCACCACCGGGGUUUGCUGGAGUGCCAGGUGUCAAGGCCUAAUGCUCAGGUCAAGUGGUACAAGAACUGGAAGGAGCUCCUUCCCAGUAAGAAGUACCAACUAAUCAGCCAAGAUAUCUACAGGCAGCUGACGAUUGAUGACGUCUGCUCUUCAGAUGAGGACACCUACACCUGUGACGCAGGAGAUGACAAAACCUCUUGUCAGCUUCUGGUGGAGGAGCAGGCUAUCAGCAUAGUACGGGGGAUGAAAUCAGUGGUGGUGAUGGAGCCAGAUCCUGCUCUGUUCCAAGUCGAGACCAACCUAAAAUCAGGGAGGCCGCCCCGGUGGACCCUGAACGGUGAGGUGUUGGAACCCAGUGCAGCAGUGAACAUUGACAGGGAGGGAACCAUCCACAGCCUCUGUCUCACUGCCACAGAAAGCUCCAUGUCUGGCCCUGUGCUCUUUGUAGCGGGCAAGAGUCGUUCUACUGCUCAGCUUACUGUCCAGGAACGACCCCUUCAGGUUGCCAACCACUUGGACGAUGUAGAAGCCAAGGAGAACAGCUCUGUGACACUGAGCUGUGGGUUUGCCCCCUCUCCCAGGGUGGUGCGGUGGUUUAAAGGUCGUACGGCGCUGAAGAAGUCAAACAAGUACAGCAUGAAGAGGGAAGGGAAACGGGCACAGCUGACCAUUCAUGGCCUGACAGGAAUGGAUGCAGGACAGUACCGCUGCAUUGCUGGAGGUUCACAGAGCACAGCACAUGUGAAGGUGGAAGUGCGAACACUGAAGUUGGUUAAACACCUUGAGCCAGUGGAAAUUGAGGAGGAUGGCAUUGCCACAUACUCUUGUGAGCUCAACUAUGUGGUGGCCAAUGUGGAGUGGCUCCUCAACAAUGUUCGCCUCUAUUCCAAUGCCAUUAACAGGAUCCAGCACAUGGGCACUAUGCACAGCCUCACAAUCAAGAAGCUGCGGCCCCAGGAGAGCAGGGUCACCUUCAAAACAGGCCCUCUCUCUGAGACAACCAGCCUAAAGGUCAAAGAGCGCCCAGCAGUGUUCCUGAGGUCUCUAGAAGAUGCAGUAGGAGAAGAGCAAGGGGAAGUCUGCUUGCAGUGUGAAAUUUCCAAAGAGACAGUGACCCCUGUUUGGAGGAAGGAUGGUAUGGUCCUGACUGCUGAUGAUAAAUAUGAGAUACUCCAAUUUGGGAAGUCCAUGGCACUGAUCAUCCAUUCACUGAGCAAGGAUGAUGCUGGACAGUACACCUGUGACCUGGGCACGAGCCAGACCAAAGCUAAAGUUACUGUACAUGACUUACACAUCACUAUUGUUCAGCGUAUCAAGACAACAUCUAUCCUCGAAGGUGAAAGCUGCACUUUUGAUUGUCACCUCUCUCAUGAUCUUGAUGAUGAGCCUUCGUGGACCAUCAAUGGGCAGGUGGUGGUCACCAAUAGCCGUAUCCAGGUUAUCAACAAUGGCUGCAAGUAUAAGAUGACUAUUAGAGAUGCCAUGCUGAGUGACGCUGGAGAUGUUGUCUUCACAAUUAAAGACCUGAGCUGUAGGACUAUGCUCUUUGUUAAAGAGAAGCCAGUGCACAUCUUCAGGGACCUGUUGAAUGUCAAAGCAGUGCCGGGUGAAGACGCAGAGCUGAGCUGUGAGAUAAGCAAUCCAGAUGCUAUCAUUCAUUGGUUGAAAAAUGGUCAUUUGAUUAGGCAGAGCCCUAAGUAUGAGAUGAGUGUGGAGAAGAAUCUGGCGAGAUUGGUGAUCAAGAAUUCCACCAUCAGAGACUCUGGAGAGUACUGCUGUGAGGCUGAAGGUGCCGCCUCACGUGCCAAGCUGGAGAUCAGAGAACUCCAGCACACAUUUGCAAAGGAGUUAAGGGACGCACAAGCAGAUGAAAAAGGUAAAGUGACCUUGGAGUGUGAGACCAGGCGGCCAGCCAAGCACGUGACUUGGCUGAAGGGCAUUUUGGAGCUGAGGUCCGGUAGGAAGUAUGUCAUCAGGCAGAAGGGUGUGGUGCUGUCCCUCACCAUCACAUGUCUGGAGAAAUCGGACACAGAUAUUUACGUGUGUGACGUCGGUACUAUGCAGAGCCGGGCACAGCUGACUGUGCAGGGUCAAAAAGUGUUGAUCCUGGAUGAAUUAGAGGAUGUUGAGUGUCUGGAGGGUGACACAGUCACAUUCAGGUGUCGAAUUUGUCCCAGUGACUACAUCGGGGUCAAGUGGUAUCUGGAUGAGACUCUACUGUACACCAAUGACCUCAAUGAGAUCCAGAUGGUGCCCGGAGGCUACCACACGCUCACAUUCAGACAGCUUGCUCGCAAAGACACUGGCACUAUCUCGUUUUCAGCAGGGAACAAAAGAUCUUAUGCCUCACUGUUGGUUAGAGAGAGACGUCCCACCAUCAUCAAAGCGCUGCAAGACUGUGAGGCUAUUGAAGGAGGUGCUUUGGUUUUGUCUUGUGUGACCUCCAAGCCAUGUCACAUCCUGUGGUACAAAGAUGGCUGCCUGAUGUGGCACUCCUCAAAGUAUUUUACCAGUCGUUCUGGCUGUGAGGCCUGGCUGACGAUUCGGGAGGUCUGCAACAACGAUGCUGGAGUCUAUGAGUGCAGUGCUGGAUCUGUUACAACUAGGGCUGUCGUAACUGUCAAAGCCAUUCCAGCAGAGUUCAUCCAGCCUCUAAAGUCUGUGGAGGCCAAAGAGGGUGAGACCCUGACCCUGACCUGUGAAUACUCUCUGCCUGGGGUCCAGUACCACUGGAGGAAAGGUUUGGACAGUAUCAGGCCCGGAGAUAAGUACACAAUGAAACAGAGGAAGACAGUCAAUUCCCUAACCAUCAAAGCCCUGAAGCCUAGCGACUCGGGAGACUAUACCUGUCAGUGCAGAGAUCACUGCACAACAGCAAACCUCAAAGUUCAUGGUAUCCCCAUUACGUUCAUACAGCAGUUAAAGAACAUGCAAGCAGAGGAAGGAAAUAAUGUCAUACUGCGCUGUGAGCUGUCUAAACCCGGGUUUCCAGUAGAAUGGAGGAAGGAUAAUGUGCAGUUGAAGAAUGGGGUUAAGUACCAGAUAAGGAGACGGGAGACCAACUUGGAGCUUCUGAUAUGGAAGCCUGUGCCUGAGGACAGUGGGGUCUACAGCUGUGUGUGCACUGAUCAGACAACAUCUGCCACUGUCAGAAUCUCUGCUCUCCCAGUCACCUUCAAGCAUAAGAUGAGGAAUGUCCUGAUUGAGGAGGGCAACAUUGCGGCUUUCCGCUGUGAGCUGUCGAAACCUGGUCACAGUGUGGAGUGGAGAAAGAGAGGGGAUGAACUUCUCAGGAAUGGAGAAAAAUAUCACAUGCGGCAGAGAGACACGCUGAUUGAACUGAGGAUCUUUGAUGUAAUGCCUGAGGACAGCGAUAUCUACACAUGCAUCUGUGGAAACAUAGAGACCACCGCAACUCUGACUGUUAAUGCUCUUCCUAUCACCUUCAAGCAAAAACUAAAGAACCUUCAAGUGGAGGAAGGACACAACAUCACACUACAUUGUGAGAUCUCUAAACCUGGUGUCCCAGUUGAGUGGAGGCUUGCUGGAGAUCUCUUGGAAAAUGGGGAGAAGUACCAGAUAAAGCAGAGAGACUCAGCCCUGGAGCUGAUCAUCAAAGAUGCUGAUCCAGAGGACAGCGGCGUCUACACCUGUAUGUGUAGAGAACAGAGGACAAAGGCCACUGUCAAAGUCAUCGCUGUCCCUGCCACAUUCAAAGUUAGCCUAAAGAGCCAGGAGGCUGAAGAAGGGAACAGUGUGACUUUACGCUGUGAGCUGUCAAAAAAGGGACUCCUGGUUCAGUGGCAGAGGGAGGCUCAGGUGCUGUCUGAGGAGAUGUUUCGAGGAAAGUAUCAGAUGAAGGUAGAAGGAAAGGUGGCUCAGAUAACCAUUCUCGACGUCCAACCAGAGGAUGCCGGGAAGUACAGCUGCAUCAUAGGAGAUGAGAAAACCACAGCUGAAGUCAAAGUGAAACCACUUCCUGUGAUGUUCAAACGAGAGAUCCAAUCCCUGGUGGUGAAGGAAGGCGAUGGUGGAGUUUUCUGCUGUGAGCUUUCCAAACCUGGAGCUCCAGUGGAGUGGAGGAAAGGCAGAGUGAUCUUGAACCCUGGGGGUAAAUAUGAGAUGAAGCAGGAGGGACGUCUCAGUAAACUAAUCAUCAACAACAUAGAGGAGAGUGAUGCUGGGAAAUACACCUGCAAGACCAAAGACAGCCAAUCGACCGCUGAGCUCACUGUCCGAGGUUUACCAGCAAGUUUUAAGAUGCCACUAGUCAACCAGGAGGUGAUGGAGGGCAACAGUGUGAUUCUGCGCUGUGAGCUUGACAAACCGGCCUCUUCUGUGGAGUGGAGGAGAGGAAGAGAGCUGCUGAAAAAUGGAGACAAAUAUCAGCUGAGGAAGAAGGAUCUGCAGGUUGAGAUCAAGAUUACAGACAUGACCUUGGAUGAUGCUGGAGAUUAUACAUGUAUAUGUGGAGAACAGAUGACAACAGCUAAGGUCAUUGUGAAUGAACGACCCAUCAAAUUCCUUCAAGAACUGAAGAAUAUUCAGGUGCAAGAGGGCAAUGGAGUGACACUCAGCUGUGAGCUCUCUAAACCUGGCACUCCAGUGCAGUGGAAAAAAGGAGAUAAUGUGUUAACCAACACAGAGAAAUACCAGAUGAAGCAGAGCGGCUCCACCGUGGAGCUUCUCAUCAGGAAAAGCCAGCCUGAGGACAGUGGCACAUACAGCUGUGUUUGUGAUGACAUAAAAACUACAGCCACCAUCAUCAUCACUGGCAUCCCAGUAACUUUCAAACAGAAGCUGAGGAACCAGGAGGCUGUGGAGGAGGGCAGUGUGACUCUGCGGUGUGAGCUUUCCAAACCUGGAGUCUCAGUGGAGUGGAGGAAAGAUGCUCAGCUUCUGAAAAAGGGACAAAAAUACGAGAUGAAGCAAGAAGGCAGGGUGGCUGAGAUGCUGAUCAAAAAUUUAAUUCUCUCAGAUGCGGCGGAGUACAGCUGUUCUGUUGGCACUGUUGUGACUUCAGCUGACAUCAAAGUAAGAGCAAUUCCUGUGACAUUUAAACAAGAGGUGGAGAAUUUGGAGGUGAGGGAAGGGGACAGCGGAGUUUUCUGCUGUGAGCUCUCCAAACCAGGAGCUCCAGUGGACUGGAGAAAAGGCAGAGUCAUCCUCAAACCUGGAUAUAAAUAUGAGAUGAAACAGGAGGGACGUCUUACUAAACUGAUCAUCAACAACAUAGAGGAGAGCGAUGCUGGAAAAUACACCUGCAAGACGAACGACUGCCAAUCAACUGCUGAGCUUACCGUUAAAGCUCCUCCCAUCACAUUCAAGACAAAGUUAAAGAACGAGCAGGUGGAGGAGGAGAACAGUGUGACACUGAGCUGUGAGCUGUCUAAGCCUGGCCUUGCUGUGGAGUGGAGGAAAGGACAAGAGGUGCUGAAGAAUAAUUUCAAGUACCAGAUUAAAAAUCGAAACAGCGUCAUGGAGCUGACUAUCAAAAACGCACAGCUGGAGGACAGUGGGCUUUACAGCUGUAUAUACAGUGACAUCAAGACCACAUCCAAUGUCACCAUUACACCUAUCCCCCUCUCAUUUAAGACGGGUCUGAAGAACCAGGAGGCCGCCGAAGGAGGCAACGUGAUCCUUCGCUGUGAACUGUCCAGGGCUGGGGUGCCUGUGCAGUGGUGGAAGGCCGAGGACCAGCUCUGUCAUGGAGGAAGAUAUCGAAUGACACAGAAAGGGAAGACAGCUGAGUUGUACAUCAAAAACGUUCAGCCUGAGGAUGUCGGGGAGUACAGCUGCAUCUUAGGAGAGCAGAAGACAACGGCUGAAGUGAACGUGAGAGCGGCAGCAUCUGUGUUCUUUGAGAAGGAACUGGCGAGCCAAGCUGUGAUGGAAGGAAAAUCUCUGCUGCUGUCUUGUGAAGUUUCCAGUGCUAAUGUCCCUGUCACUUGGAAGAAGGACGACAGUGUCGUAGAAGAAGGAGGGCGAUACAUUUUAAAGAAGAAAGGCCCCACACACACACUGGAGAUCAAGAAACUGUGUCUAGAGGAUGCUGGAGAGUACUGCUGUAUCACCAGAGGCAAGAAGACCAUUGCCAAGUUGAUUGUGCGGGCUUCUUCUUCCUCCACAGAGCGCGUGCGGAUUGUGACCAAGCUGCAAGACAUAACGGUGAGAGCGGGUGAGGAUGCAGAGUUUGUGUGUGAGCUGAGCCAUGCAGACGUGAGUGAGGGUGUCUGGUGGCUCGGCUCCAGUCCUCUACAGAAGAACGAGAUGAACCAGAUGACAUACCAGGGUCGUGAGCAAAGACUGGUCCUCACUAUGACAACGCCUGAGGAGACAGGCACCGUGGCAUUUGUGAUUGGGGAGGAGAGGACCUCUGCAAGUCUGGUAGUUGUUCCUAAGCCCAAAGUUUUAUUUGAGGAGAAGCCUAAAGACCUUGUGAUAACGGAAGGAGAGACUGCCACUUUGUCCUGCACGACCUCUGAUUUUAUCUCUCCGGUUGCCUGGAGGCGCAACCACAUCCCUCUCCGAAAUGGUGAUAAAUAUGAGAUACGUAAGGAGGGAAAACUUAACCUCUUGCUUAUCCAUGAUGUGGAUCCUCUGGAUACUGGAAUAUACUCCUGUGACACAGGAGAUGUGCAGAGCAGUGCCAAACUCACUGUAACAGAGCUCCCUCCAUUUUUCCAAGAAGAAUUACAGAGUGUGGAAGUAGAGGAGGGAGGUUCAGCCUCUUUAUACUGUGAACUGUCUAAACUUGGAGUGCCGAUUGAGUGGAAGAAGAACAAUCUGACACUGAGACCCAGCAGAAAGUAUGAGAUAAGGCAGGACGGCUGCUUCCUCCAGCUGCACAUCAAGGAGCUGAAACUUGAGGACAGUGGCAGCUACACAUGUCAAGCAGGAAGUGCAGAGACCACUGCAACUGUGUUAGUGACAGAGCUUCCUCCAUUCUUCAAGAAAGAACUAAGAAGUGUGGAGGCUGAAGAGGGAGGUACAGCUUCCCUGCACUGUGAGCUGUCUAAACCCAGAGUGUCAGUGCAAUGGAAGAAGAACAAGCUGCCGCUGAGAGCAAGCAGAAAGUACGAGAUGAAACAAGAUGGUUGCCUCGUCCAGCUGCACAUUAAUGAGCUUCAACUUGAAGAUAGUGGAAGCUACACAUGUCAAACGGGAAAUGCAGAGACCACUGCAACUAUAUCAGUGAAAGAGCUCCCGCCAUUUUUCAAAGAAGAAUUACGAAAUGUCAAAGUUGUGGAGGGAGGUACAGCCUCCCUGUGCUGUGAGCUGUCCAAGCCUGGGGUGUCAGUGCAAUGGAAGAAGAACAAUCUGCCGCUGAGAGCCAGCAGGAAGUAUCAGAUGAAAGAGGAUGGCUGCUUCCUCCAGCUCCUCAUCAACGAGCUCAAACCUGAGGACAGUGGAAGUUACACGUGUCAAACAGGAAGUGCAGAAACCACUGCAACUUUAUCAGUGAAAGAGCUCCCCCCAUUUUUCAAAGAAGAGUUGCAGAACAUGAAGGUUGACGAGGGAGGUACUGCCUCCCUGUGCUGUGAACUGUCCAAACCUGGUCUAUCAGUACAGUGGAAGAAGAACAAGCUGCUGCUGAGAGCCUGCAGGAAGUACGAGAUAAAACAGGACGGCUGCUUCCUCGAGCUCCUCAUCAAGGAUCUCAACGCUGAUGACAGUGGAAGCUACACUUGUCGAGCGGGAAGUGCAGAGACCACUGCAAGUGUAUCAGUGAAAGAACUCACACCAUUCUUCAACAGAGAAUUACAAAGUGUGGAGGUUGAGGAGGGAGAUACAACCUCCCUGUGCUGUGAGGUGUCUAAACCUGGAGUGUCAGUACAAUGGAGGAAGAACAAUCUGCCACUGAGAGUGAACAGGAAGUAUGAAAUGAAGCAGGAUGGGUGCCUCCUCCAGCUCCUCAUCAAGGAUCUUAAACUUGAGGACAGUGGAAGUUACACAUGUCAAACAGGAAGUGCAGAGACCACUGCAGCUGUAUCAGUGAAAGAGCUCCCACCACUCUUUAACAGAGAAUUACAAAGUGUGGAGGUUGAGGAGGGAGGUACAGCCUCCCUGUGCUGUGAGGUGUCUAAACCUGGAGUAUCAGUGCAAUGGAGGAAGAACAACCUGCCACUGAGAGCUAACAGGAAGUAUGACAUGAAACAGGAUGGCUGCCUCCUGCAGCUCCACAUCAAGGAUCUUAAACCUGAGGACAGUGGAAGUUACACAUGUCAAGCAGGAAGUGCAGAGACCACUGCAGCUGUGACCGUGAAAGAGCUCCCACCAUUUUUCAAAGAAGAAUUACAAAAUGUGGAUGUUAAGGAGGGAGGUACAGCCUCCCUGUGCUGUGAACUGUCCAAACCUGGAGUGUCAAUACAAUGGAGGAAGAACAAUCUGCCACUGAGAGCUAACAGGAAGUAUGAAAUGAAGCAGGAUGGCUGCCUCCUCCAGCUCCUCAUCAAAGAGCUCAGACCUGAGGACAGUGGAAGUUACGCAUGUCAAACAGGAAGUGCAAAGACCACUGCAACUGUAUCAGUGAAAGAGCUCCCUCCAUUCUUCAAGAAAGACUUAGUAAGUAUGGAGGCUGAGGAGGGAGCUACAGCCUCACUGUGCUGUGAGCUGUCUAAGGCUGGAGUGUCAGUGCAAUGGAAGAAGAACAACCUGCCGCUGAGAGCCAGCAGAAAGUAUGACAUGAAACAAGAUGGCUGCCUCCUGCAGCUCCACAUCAAGGAGCUCAAACCUGAAGACAGUGGCAGCUACACAUGUCAAGCAGGAAGUGCAGAGACCACUGCAGCUGUGAUAGUGAAAGAGCUCCCACCACUCUUUAACAGAGAUUUACAAAGUGUGGAGGUUGAGGAGGGAGGUACAGCCUCCCUGUGCUGUGAGCUGUCUAAACCUGGAGUAUCUGUGCAAUGGAGGAAGAACAACCUGCCACUGAGAGCUAACAGGAAGUAUGACAUGAAACAGGAUGGCUGCCUCCUCCAGCUCCACAUCAAGGAUCUCAAACCUGAGGACAGUGGCAGCUACACGUGUAAAGCAGGAAGUGCAGAGACCACUGCAGCUGUGACCGUGAAAGAACUCACACCAUUUUUCAACAGAGAAUUACAAAGUGUGGAGGUUGAUGAGGGAGGUACAGCCUCCCUGUGCUGUGAGGUGUCUAAACCUGGUCUAUCAGUGCAAUGGAGGAAGAACAAGCUGCCACUGAGAGCUAACAGGAAGUAUGAAAUGAAGCAGGAUGGCUGCCUCCUGCAGCUCCACAUCAAGGAUCUUAAACCUGAGGACAGUGGAAGUUACACAUGUCAAACAGGAAGUGCAGAGACCACUGCAGCUGUAUCAGUGAAAGAGCUCCCUCCAUUCUUCAAGAAAGACUUAGUAAGUAUGGAGGCUGAGGAGGGAGCUACAGCCUCCCUGUGCUGUGAACUGUCUAAGGCUGGAGUGUCAGUGCAAUGGAAGAAGAACAACCUGCCACUGAGAGCCAGCAGAAAGUAUGACAUGAAACAAGAUGGCUGCCUCCUGCAGCUCCACAUCAAGGAGCUCAAACCUGAGGACAGUGGCAGCUACACAUGUCAAGCAGGAAGUGCAGAGACCACUGCAGCUGUGAUAGUGAAAGAGCUCCCACCACUCUUUAACAGAGAUUUACAAAGUGUGGAGGUUAAGGAGGGAGGUACAGCCUCCCUGUGCUGUGAACUGUCCAAACCUGGAGUGUCAGUACAAUGGAAGAAGAACAAGCUGCCAUUGAGGGCCAGCAGGAAGUAUGAGAUGAAACAAGAUGGCUGCUUCCUCCAGCUCCACAUCAAAGAGCUCAGACCUGAGGACAGUGGAAGCUACACAUGUCAAACAGGAAGUGCAGAGACCACUGCAAGUGUAUCAGUUAAAGAACCCGCUCCAUUUUUCAACAAAGAUUUACAAAGUGUGGAGGUUGAGGAAGGAGCUACAGCCUCACUGUGCUGUGAACUGUCUAAGCCUGGAGUGUCUGUGCAAUGGAAGAAGAACAACCUGCCAGUGAGAGCCAGCAAAAAAUAUGACAUGACUCAGGAUGGCUGCCUCCUCCAGCUCCACAUCAAGGAGCUCAAACCUGAGGACAGUGGCAGCUACACAUGUCAAGCAGGAAGUGCAGAGACCAGUGCAACAGUAUCAGUGAAGGCAGUGCAAUCCACUCCACCAAAGGUAGAACCUCCUACAAUACUGCCUCGGACAAAGGCCACUGUUUCCAAAGAAACGCCUUCUGCAGAGAACGAGAGGCCUAUUCCUCCAGAGCCCAAAAAGAGAACUAAUAGGAAAGCAUCUAUUACAAACACAGACAAAGAUGUUGAGCCAUUGUUUGACCUAAAACAGUCUAUGCUGAGGGCAAAUAAUAAUGAAGACCAAAAGAGCACCCAACCUGCAAGGUCUACGGAGCCGAACUUUGAUGUUGCACAGGGUGUCAUGCAACUGGACACGCAUAAAGAGAAGGGACUACUGGAAAAGGAUGAUGGGGUUGACAGGGAGGUAAAAGAGCCAGCAAGGACUUUGGAAACAGAGAAAGACGUUGUCAUGGAGACCAAGCAACCAGGAAGGAAGCUAGAGAAAAUAGUCAAGACUGACCAUAACACAGAUCAGUCAGACAGGGUUCUAGGAGACACUGCAUUUCAACAAAAGAAACAGCCAUUAAUAUGUCCGGAAAAUCAAAAUGAAGUUGAACAGAGGUCAAAACAACCAGGAAAGCCUUCAGAGAACACUAGUGAAGUGGAGAGGAAAGAAAACCUUCCAGGAACGGUCCUGUGGAAGAAGAGUGAGGAUAAAAAACCUGUGAAACCAGUAGAAAAGUUUACCAAAGAGACAAUAAAGGAAAAAGAAGAAAAGUCUACAGUAAAGGAGACUGAAGUAGACCAAACAGAGGAGGAACCUUUUAAACCACCAGUAAGAUCGAAAGGAAAGGUGACAGAGGGAAAGGAACCUCUUAAAUUUGUUUCAAAGGAAACUGAAAAAAUACUUGUCCAGUCAGUAAAGUCUACUGUGAAUGAUUCAGAAGAGGACAAUAAACAGAGAGACCUAGUUAAACAACAAGAGGCAGAGAGCCAGAAAACUCCACUGAAACUAGUAGUAGACAAAGAGUCAGUAGAACAACCAGAAAGGAUUUUAGAAAAGAAGUCUGAAUUUUCCCCUCCAAAACCACCUGCAAGGAUAAAAACCAAAGCAAAGGGAGGAAUGGAAAAACAAUGUUCAAGGGACACAGAGACAGAUCAGGAUGAUCAACAGGUGACAAGAGUUGCGGUGAAAACAAUGGAAGAUCAGCCAAUUAAACAGUCAGUUGGGUUUCCAAAAAAAGAGGUUGAAGAGCAACCAAGAUUUGAGAGGAAACAGUCAUUACCAAAAGCCUCUGAGGUAGUAGAGAAAAUUAAGCAACCUGUUAAAGCUGCAGAGAAGGACACAAACACCAAACAACCAAUCAGACAACCAGUUAAACCAAUGAGAAAAGAACCUGAAGUGGACCAGGAAAUUAAACUCGUGGUCGAGCCAAUGAGAAGGGAGGAAGAACAACAAACAACAAAGAUGACAGAAGAUAUUCCUCUCCUUUACAUUUCUGAAGAUGAAACGUUCUUAGAGGCUUUGACCGACAUACCAGCGACACAUAGUGAUGUCCAUCCCCCUGGCUCUUUUGUUGAGGGUUUAACCCAACCCCCUACUCUUCCUUUAAUUCAUGAACCCAAAAGUGCACAACCACCAAACAAUGCAACACCAGAGGUUGACAUCAGCAUUGAGGAUGAACCAGAACUGCAAGAGGCUGCAGUCAAGAUCCAGGCUGCCUUCAAAGGCUACAAAACCCGCAAAGACAUGCGACCUGUCUUUAAAGAGGUGUUUAAGAACCAGAGUGCAGAUCUUCAUGGUACAGUCAAUCUAGUGUGUGUCGUAGAAGGAAAACCCAGCACGGUGCGCUGGCUGAAAAACGGGCAACAAAUCACUAAUGACCAUCGAUGCCGAAUUAAGACCACAGAGAAUGGUGUAUGCACACUGGUGAUCAAAAACCUGACCACCAGUGACAGUGGGAUCUAUACAUGUGAAGUGGUGAAUAAAUUCGGUGUGACCUCCUACAAUGGAAACAUAACAGUACAGCCUCAGAAGCCUGCUCCGAUAGUCCAGAAGCCUGUGCACCCACCGCUUGCAGCCAUAACUCCUCUGCAACUCGCUCCGCCAAAACCAGAGGCUGAAACCAAAACACAGAUUCAGAGUCUACCUCAGACUGAAACCCAGACAGCCACCUCAGCUACAGAUACUGCAAACUAUGUGGAAAGUGUAAGUGUCUCUCUGUGGGAAGCCUACAACCUGACUGAGCAGCAGGACGCUCAGAUGACUCUGCAAGAGAGGAGAGGUUCACUCAUUGCUACCAGCUCCAUGUCGAGUCCCUCUGAUUAUGAAACAGCUCCAGACAUGAUGGAACCUGUUGAGACUUGCCCAGCUGUACUGAGGGAAGUGACAAAAGCAGUGGACCAAGUGCCUCCAAAAGAUGAUAAAGAACAGAUAGCUCCUCCACAACCUCCAAAGAAACUACUAAAGGUCAAAGGGCCUCAUGAAAGUCGACUGAGGACACCAUCUCCUAAACACCACCGUGCUCACACACCCUUAACUAGUACCGUCUCUGGAUCUGAGUCAGAAGGGGAGGAGGAUCGACGAGAGACAUUUGAAAUGUACGUGGCUCGAGCUGACUACAGUCCAAACAGUGGAAAUAAGGACAGUUUUGUCCUGAAGGAAGGCCAGUUUGUAGAGGUCCUGGAUUCUAUUCAUCCUGACAGAUGGCUAGUGAGGACCAAACCAACCAAAACCAACCCUGCUCGACAGGGAUGGGUGUGUCCAGCCUACCUGGAGAAGAAGAGGAAGGAGACCUUCCCACAAUUAAGAGCACCACAAGAGGAUCUUGAUGGAAUUGGAUCAACAGGAGAAGAGUACAGGAGAGCUCUGAGCCAACUGAUCCAAGGUCUGAUUGAUGGCGAAGAUGAGUUUGUAAAGGAGAUGAAGAUGUUCACCGAAAUGCUAAAUAAUUUGGACUCCAGUCACAACGUCCCGAUUAAUAUCCUCAACCAGAAAGAGAUCAUUUUCAGAAAUAUCAAGGACAUUGUAUGCCUGCAUGAGAGGACUCUCCUUCCCGGUCUGAGAGAGUGUGCCACAGACGACGAUGUGGCCAUGCAUCUGAUCAAACAGACUGAGGACUUUGAGAAGUAUCUUCUCUACAUCGUGGGACAAGCACAAGCAGAGGCCUGCCUCACAGACAAGGCUAUCCAGCAGUAUUUCAAACAGUUAAUAGAGUCUGGUAAUCCUGAGGCUCCUGUCAUGGAUGUCCUUACCUUCCUCCAGCAACCAGUGGAGAGGAUUCAAACCUACCAGGCUUUACUGAAGGAGUUAAUAAAAAACAAAGCCAAAAGUGGCCAGAGCUGCUGUCUUUUGGAGGAUGCUUUCUCCAUGGUGUCCUGUCUACCCUGGAGGUCUGACAACCUGCAUCAAGUGUCCCUCAUCGAGAGCUACCCAGCUCCUCUUAGCGCCCUGGGCGAACCUGUGCGACAGGGAGUCUUCACAGUGUGGGAGGAAACGCCAGAAAUUAAGACGACCUCUAGGGGGCAUCAGAGACAAGUCUUUCUCUUUAAGGAAUGCAUUGUACUGUGUAAACUCAAGAAGGACACCAGUAUGAACAAUGACACCUACACCUUCAAGAACAAAAUGAAGCUGAAUGAUGUUGAAAUAAAGGAGACUGUGGGUGGAGAUGACAAGUCUUGGGGAUUGUGGCAUGAGCACAGGGGCUCAUUGCGGAGGUACACACUGCAGGGACGCUCCUCCCUGGUCAAACUCUCCUGGCUGAAAGACCUGAAGGAGCUACAGCAACAAUCCAGCCUGCCCACUAACAGUCCACCGGUGUUUGAGUCACCGUUGUCUGACUGCACAACAAAGAUAGGACAGACAAUCAAACUGACCUGUAAAGUCACAGGAUCUCCAAAACCAGUGGUCAGCUGGCUCAAAGAUGGCCUUCCUUUAGAGGAUGACCCACGUCACAUCAUCACAGCAGACCGCUCAGGCACCUGUAGUCUGAUCCUGGACAGCCUUACUGCACAGGACUCUGGACAGUAUGCUUGCUAUGCUAACAACUUCAUGGGCAGUGCUGGUACUCUGGCUAAGGUGGUGGUGCAAGCUCCCCCCAGAUUUGUGUGUCGGCUGGAGAGUGCUUGUCUGAUAGAGGGAGAGGAUAUACUGUUUACCUGCUCCACACAGACUACUCCGUUACCACGAAUCAGGUGGUUGAAGGAUGGCAGAGAGUUGACUGACCAGCAAAAAUACUACAUCCUGAAUGACGCUCGUAGUGGUAUCUUGUCUCUAACAGUCAUCAGCGCAACAGAGGCAGAUAUUGGACAGUACGAGUGUGAGCUUUGGAAUGAGUUCGGCUGCGUCAAGUGCAAAGCAGGGCUUUGCCCCGCUUAUGUACCGCCGAUUGACAUCGAGAAUGACCAACCACAAGACUUACCUCCUAAAGCUAACUCUUCACUUCAACGAACAACAAGAUGGUCAUGUGCUGGGCAGGUGGAGUGGGCAUACGCCCAUGUCCUCUUGGUGUGUUGGGUUAGUGGGGUUAAACCCUCAAGUAUCGAGGUAAGAAAUGCAUUAGUGCUGCAUCCGGUAAGUAAGGUAAAGUACUUUUUCACUUUCUUUUUCCAGCAAAAAAUAUUUAAGUGUCUGACCCAUAAAUUCCUGCUGAAUGGCAUUUUGGUUUUUGUAGAUGCAGACUCGGAGGGCUGGACCACUGCCUUUGUGAAGAAAUGGUUACAGACAGAUUUCAGCCCUACCUCUAUUGCUAAGAUGCUCUUCCCUUCUGAACACGCUGAACAAGCUGAAUGUGGUACUGAAGAGGCUGUCCCUGCCUCCACAUCCAUAGGUCAGACACCAUGUUAUCUAGAGGAUGAAGAGGAAGAGAUCUACAUCUCAGAGUCAUUGCAGGAAAUUACAGAUGCUCCUCCCUCCGUCCAGGUACCCACUGAGGACCUGUGUGUAGAGCCUGGCCAACCAGCUACAUUUAUUGCCAUCAUCACAGGAAGACCUACUCCGAAGAUACAGUGGUACAAGGAUGGUGAGGAGCUUACAGCGAAUGAGAACGUGGAGAUGGUACAGCACGGCGCCCGCUGCUCAGUGACCAUAGUUUGCCCUGAGGGUGAGGACAGUGGCAUAUACACCUGCUUCGCCUACAAUGACUCUGGCCAUGCCUCAUGUGAGGCUCAGCUGACAGUGGAGGAAGGUCCACUGGAGUGUCAGGAGAGAGAGGUGGAGCUGGGGAAGAGAAGGAAGCUAUUCUCUGUCUAUGAUGUCCAUGAGGAAAUUGGACGGGGAACCUUUGCGGUAGUGAAGCGUGUAGUUCACAGAAGGACAGGUGAAGUGUUUGCUGCCAAGUUUCUGCCUCUGCGGAGCAGCACUCGGACCAGGGCCUUCCAGGAAAGGGACUUGCUGUCCCGUCUAGCUCACCCCAGAGUGGCCUGUCUGCUGGACUUCUUCUGCACCAGACGCACUCUAGUGCUGAUCACAGAAAUGUGCUGUUCUCACGGACUUCUGGACCAUUUAUUACUGAAAGGAUCUGUCUCAGAAAGAGAAGUCCAGUCAUACAUCCAGCAAAUCCUCGAAGGAGUUGGUCACAUUCACAGCAUGAAUAUUUUGCAUCUGGACAUUAAACCUGAUAAUAUCCUCAUGGUGUAUCCACCCAGAGAUGAGAUCAAGAUCUGUGACUUUGGCUUCUGUCAAGAAAUAGACACGUCCAGACACCAAUACAGCACGAUUGGUACACCAGAGUUUGUUGCCCCUGAGAUUGUUCACCUAGAGCCGGUGACAGUGGCCACUGAUAUUUGGUCUGUAGGUGUUGUAGCCUAUAUAUGUCUGGUGUGCCGAUGCCCUUUUGUGGGUGAAACAGACCGUGCUACACUGCUCAGGGUUGGAGAGGGAACCCUGAACUGGGACGCCCCUGAUCUCAUGUACAGAAGCCCGGAGGCCCAGAACUUUCUUCACAUGCUCCUUCAGCCAGAUCCAGAGAAGCGGCCAUCUGCCUUCGAGUGUCUGAGCCACGUAUGGUUCCAGGACGAACAUGCAGGAGAAGACACCGAUGAAAUCAACACAAAGAGUUUGAAAGUCUUCAUGUCAAAAAGGAAAUGGCAGCGUUCUUUGACUUGUAUUGGGUCAGUUCUCACACUGAGGCCCAUCCCUGAACUGCUGGAUGCUCCUCUCAGAGACACUGCAGUGACAGUUCCCCGUGAACCCCAGGAACACAGCAGCACUUCUCUGAGCAGUGGCUCCUCAUCUGAGUAUGAUGAAGCUGACUCCUGGGACUUUUUUCAGCACUGCAGCCAGACUGAGGAAGAGGAAGAAACAGAGGAAGACUACGAUCCUUUAGUGGAGCGAGCGCAGAUCCCCGAGCCUUUUGCCAAACUCCACCUUUAUGCAGAAGAGGAAGAGGAAGUGACAUUAGGGGAGGAAGAGGAUGGGGAGCUGAUAGGAAGGAGGAGUGUGCUGGAGAGGAGUAUAAGCAGGCAGUCAGCUGCAUCAUCAGACGUGUCGUGCCAACAGACACCUCAGAGGGAGCGUAGGUUCAGCAAGGACAGUAGUCCAUCUCUCUACCUGUCUGAUGGGGAUGAGGGUUCCGGGAGCGACGGAGGUCGCAUCCCUCGUGGCAGCGUCAUCCGAAGCACUUUCUACAACACCUCCCAUCAGCUUUCGCCCAUGUCUGCCAGACACAUGACUCUAAGGGACAAAUUCCAGGCCAAAAAGCAGGAAAGAGGCCGCAAACCACUCCGGAGAAGCUUGUCAGGACGUCUCAAUGAGCCUCUUAUUGAAUAUGUGGAGGAUGAGACGGAGACCAAUCGUGGCCAGAGGCGGGGAUCCAUUCAGCCUACAAUGCAGAAGUCCUGUUCCUUUGACAGCGGCGUUGGCCUUGUCCACACCAAUAUACCCCCUCACAGGAGGAGCAGGUCUCUUGAUGAGUAUUCACGGCGAUCUCCCAGCUCACCCAAGCGCACAAAGUCAGGUGAAGAAGAAGGCUCUCAAAGUCUGAAGGAAGAUUUCACAGAUGAUGAAGUGGCAGGUAGAAACGUGUUGGCCAUCCCGAGCCCUCCACGACCAACAAGGAGAAGAGGUUCUGUCGCUCCAGUACAAGGGACACACAUGCUGGGUGCAUCAUCUGUUCCCUCAAGUUUCCUUGCUGGAGACCGAAUGAGCUCCAGGUUAGAUCAAGAGCAGACAGAGGGAGACACCUUUGCAGGCUCCCAGGGAUCACUGGCUGAGUCCUCUAUUUUGGAGCACGGUGGCUCUGAGUCUUCAAGUAGACUCGACUCCUGUGAGGAGCUGAGUCGUGGUCACUUCAGAGGAAGAUCAGGAGAGAGCGAAGGGUAUGAUGAUCCAGGGGAACCUCUUAAUUCACCAUCCUCUUGCUCAUUCCAAGAAGUUAAACCCAGAAGCUUGAUUCCUCAGGCACCGCCUCGUAACCGCACCCGCUCCAACCCCAACUUAACAAUAAACAGCAGAAGUCAACCAGGGACCCCACUAACAGCGAGCCCCAGUCCCAGUCUCUCUUCUCUCCAGGCUCCAGAGAGGCCUCCCAGAGCCAGGGACAAGAAGGAAAGCUAUGGCCUCCAGAGGCAUGCAUCCGCUCCAGCCCUCGAAGCCCCGCCACCUACAGGAAAAUCACCCAAGCUGGGACUGCUAAAGAUCUUCCGCAGGCAGUCCUGGACUGGCCACUCAUACUCCCACUUGGAUGACACAGAGUUAGGACCCACACUAGGAGAGAUCAUGAAGCCAGAUACUCCCACCAUGUCUCUGAGGAAGAAAAUGAGAGCUUCGGCCUCCAGCCUGACCAAGCUGUUUUCCAGGUCUUCUAGUAAGGAGGAUGUGAGCAGAGGACCGAUAGUAAAAGGAUCAGCUCCCAGCUCACCUGAAACGGAGCAUCGCUCUGGUCUUGAGAGUCCAAAAAAGAGGACCUCCAAACUCAUGCCUUCUUUUAAAAUACCUGCGUUCAGAAAGUCAAAAGAUCUGACAGCACGCCCCAACAAGCCUGAAGUGCUCCAGUUAGAUGGAGGUGGAUUCCUGCUGUUUUGGAGACCAGCCCAGUCUAGCGACCCCGUCACCUACUGUGUGCAGUAUUGUACAGACGGUGGGGAAUGGACAGUUCUGUCAGAGGAGGUGACAGACAGCUGCUAUGUGGUGAAAGAUUUACCCAGAGGAGCUUCUUACGUGUUCAGGGUGGGCUACAUCACCAAGACAGGAGCGGGACCUUUCAGUGACGCUUCAGCACCUGUUGUUAUGGCUACUCAUCCUGAAGAGUCUCACAUUCCUCUCAUCCAGACUGAGUCUCUGGGGUCAAAGGUCAUCCGGUCAGAACAACAAACAGCACAGAGGAACUAUAGUUUCCUCUCUGAGAUCAACAGGGGUCGUUUCAGUGUCAUAACCCUAUGCAGGGAUGUUGAGACCAGCCAAGUGUUUGCUGCAAAAAUCACCCCUUACCAAGCAGAGCAGAGGCAGUUGGUGCUGAGGGAGUACCAGCUGCUGAAGAGGCUUCAUCACCCCCAUCUGGUGCAGCUGCAUUCUGCCUACAUCACCCCCCGCUACAUGGUAUUAGUGGAGGAGCUCUGUCCCGGCAAAGAGCUGCUCUACAGUCUGGCAAUGAGAGAUUUGUAUGCAGAGUCUCAUGUUGCAGAGCUGCUGGUUCAGAUCCUCAGUGCAGUCGACUACCUUCACAGCCGUCGAGUCAUCCACCUUGACCUGAAGUCUGACAACAUGCUGGUGGAUGAUUGUAACCACCUGAAGAUAGUUGACUUGGGCUCGGCUCAGUCCUUCACACCCGGUCAGCCUCUCAACAUCGAGCACAUCCAGGGCCUGUCGGAGAGCAAAGACUGCCGCAGCAAAGUUUAUAUUGUGCUUCCUAAAGCUCCGGAAAUCCUGGAAGGUCAAGGUGUCGGGCCUGAAACUGACAUUUGGGCUAUUGGAGUUUUGUCGUUCAUCAUGCUGAGUGCUGACAGCCCGUUCCACGCAGAGCUCGGCUGGGAGCAAGACAGAAACAUCAAGAAAGGGAAGAUCCAGUUUGGAUGUUGUUACCCGGGUCUGUCAGAGGGAGCUUUAAACUUCAUGAAGAGCAGCCUAAAUAACAAAUCCUGGGGGAGACCCACUGCGGCCGAGUGUCUCCAAAACCCCUGGCUGCGUUCCCACCGUGCUGCAUACAAAGGCCGACACUCCAAAGUGUGUUUCUCCACAGACAAGCUUAAAGAUUACCUCAAGCAGAAGGAGGAGAAACGAGACCAGGUCCGUACCAAGCUUCAAGGUCCCUUCUUCCAGUAAGGCAAUGCUGUAGGGGUCUCU